AUGGCUCAUUCUACAGAUUCUGAUUCUGAUUUUGUAUCAACAGCUGUUCCAAAUGAUGAAUCUGAUGAAGAAAUCUAUGUAAAAAAGAGAACCGGUGAUAGAAAAUAUGUUAAAGGAGUGACAAAGAUUAAAGAAGCAAAAAGGAAGAGGAAUAGUGGGGACAAUCGUGCAACAAUAAAGAAGCAAAAAACCGUGAAAGAGCAAAAGACUGUGAAAGAUAUAUUGAAGGAGUUGCCUUCAAUAAACACUAGAUCGACACCUGGAUUGAUGACAGAUGCUCUAAUUUACUGUGAUGAAAUUGAAUGCAAUCUCCAAAAAAUAGAACGUAAAACACCAUUAGUUACGAUGUGGACAAUAGAUAAGUUGAAGGAAAGACAAUCUUUUGAGAUUGAAGCUGGUGGAUUUGGGGUUGGAAAUCUAAUUGAACAAAGUUCAAAUUUAGAACACAAUAGAAUGAAGGAGAUGAUAAGGAAGUUUAGAGACAUAUUUUCAACUACACUUUUUUCUAGUCGAGAGAAAUCAGAAAUUAUUAAGGAGAGAACUGAAGUCAAAGCAGAUAGAGAUGAAGAGCUUAAUAAAACAAACAUUUCUGAUUUUGAUGAUGAUAAAGAUGAAGGAAUGAAUACAAAGUUGGUUGCAUUUUUAGCUGUUAAACCAUUACAAUAG